AUGUAUCACUUUUUGUAUUGUUCUCAUCUCUCUCAUUCUCUUCCAUUGAUUUCAGCAUUAGAGAUUCACUUGAAUCUUAUGGUUGAGCUCUUUGUGAUGAUUGAUUUUGAGUUUGAAUAUAUUGAAUUGAUGUUAGGCAUAUGCUGCUGCCGUACAGUGAAUCAAAACUAUGCAAAUAUUCUUUUGAUGCUUUUACGUCUCCGUCAGGCUUGUGAUCACCCACUUCUUGUUAAAGAAUACAAUUCUGAUCCUGUUGGAAAAGAUUCUGUUGAAAUGGCAAAAAGGCUUCCAAAAGAGAUGUUGAUAAAUCUGUUUAAUAGUUUGGAAACAACUGCCGCUAUAUGUUUUGUCUGCAAUAGGCCAGAGAAUAAGCUUGGAGAUGAUGAAACGUGGGAUAGGGAUGAAAGUGCUCUCAAGGAGGCUUUGGAUGAGUUUGGCAAGCCAUGGCAGUUGAAUGAAGGGGAUGGUGCAUUCUAUGGACCACAGAUAGAUAUCAGUCUUGACUUCCAGCUUCCUGAUCGUUUUAAGUUGGAACUCUCAGCUGAGGAUGAAGCCAAAAUUGAGAGGCCUGUUAUGAUACACAGAGCCAUUCUAGGAUCAGUUGAACGCAUGUUUGCCAUACUUUUAGAGCACUACAAGGGUAAAUGGCCCUUCUGGCUCAGUCCUCGUAAAGCAAUUUUGUGCCCUGUUUCUGAGAAAUCACAAGCUUAUGCUCUGAAGGUUCGAGAUCAGAUUCACCAAGAAGGAUAUCAUGUAGAUGCUGAUACAACUGAUAGGAAGAUUCAGAAGAAGAAUUUUAGUGGAAGACAGGGAUUGGAAUCACCCGCUGAUGGUAGACGUUCAUCUGAGUCUAGCUACCGUAUUGGAGAUAAUGGAACUUCAGGGGGGACAAAUUAG